AUGCCACACAACGAUUCUCUGGUAGUCGACCUACUCUUCGACGAUGUCAAAGUUAGUCGAAUCCUGAUCGACACUGGCAGUUUGGUUAACGCCAUCUUCCAAGACACGCUAGAGCAGAUGGAUUUUCCUAAGGAAAAAAUCAAGGCCGACAUCGAACCGUUAACAGGAUUCACGGGCGAGCAAACCAUGACUAUUGGUACAGUCAAAAUACCGAUCUACGUUGCGGGUGUCGCAAAAACUGUCAAGUUCCUCGUCAUGAAGACACCAGCAAUCUACAAUGCCAUCCUCGGAACGCCUUGGCUCCAUGCAAUGAAGGCAGUAGCUUCUACCUAUCAUCAGUGCGUCAAAUUUCCGGCUCCAGGAGGAAUUUAUACACUUCGUGGAAAUCAAUUCACAGCUCGAUCAUGUUACAUUAAUGAAUGCAAGCUCCGAACUGCUAAUCAAUCAUGUGUCAUCAGCUCGAAGUCCGACCCAAUAACUCAAAAGCAGAAGCCACCACAAGAAACGAUAGUUCAGGUCAGCAUCGACGAGACUUUCUCGGAAAGGCAGGUCGGUAUAGAUGCCGAUCUGGAUCUAGAAAUCAAGGAAGUUAUUAUUCAGUUUCUCCGCAAGCACGUAACGACCUUCGCAUGGUCAAUCAGCGAUAUGCCUGGCAUAUAUCCAAAGGUGGCAAGCUACGAACUCAAUAUCGACCCUACAUAUAAACCCAUCAAGCAAAAGAGACGCAAACUUGGACCUGAAAAAGCACCAGCCGUUAAUGACGAAGUUGAGCGACUACUCUAA